AUGAGUUCUGAGAUGUGGCAGCUGGAUCCACAAGGCGAUCUCUACUUCGAAAAGUGUGUGAAAGGUUUUAUGGCAGAACUGUUCACCAAGUGGCAUAUGAACUCUAGUGCUCAUUACGUAUCGAUUAUUCUUUGUUCACGCUUUUAUCUGCUUGGUGAUGUCGAUAAAGACGUCGCAGAGCAACUGGGCCCUAGCGCACGCGAUCAUCGUGGACGGUAUUUCCAGGAUUUUUAUCGAUUAUUGGUACAGAAUGAACAUUACGAAGACUGGAGUCAUGUCCUGUCCACGAUAAAGCUGUCAUUCAACAACUACCAGGAAACCAUACAAGAUGUGCUAGCUGCAAACUAUCCAAACCUGAAGGGUCGAUGGGAGAUCUCCACAGCAGCAGAUGGCAACUUCUUGCAAGUCCUGAACAUGAGCAUGAACUCAUUCAGUGUUUACCAUACUGACAGAAGAUUUGAAACCACUGGACAACAGAUAAUUUUUGUAACUCCUGGAGGUGGUGUGCUGAAUGUGGAUCGAGAGAUGGUGAACAUGACUAAACAAAGAAUCAUCGACAUGGGAAUAUCACUUGACAUGGUUUGCCUGGGAGAGCAACCUCUGCAUGCAGUUCCUUUGUUUGUGUUUCACAAUCGUUGGAACUCUUCACAACCUUUCGAAGACUACUUUAUACCUCACUGGAUGAACUACUCAUAUUAUCGAAUGAGCAAGCGGAGCGCAAUAUCGAUAAACUUCCGGCCAAGGAUCAAUUUACCCAAUGCUAUUUUGUCCGCCCCGCGUACUUUGGUUAUGGAUGGUGAGACAAUACAACAUUGUGAUAUGCAAGCAUAUGAUGUAGAGGCAUUCUCGAAGCUGCUGACACCGACUAAAUUUGGUGAAAAAGGAAAGUCUCAAAACUUGCUAGACGAGUUGAACAAAGAGUUAGGUUUACCACCUGAACAGACUGAACCGAUCCCUUUGCAGCCUUACGAACGAUCACUCUCAGCUCGUGUAGGGCCAAGUUCGCUAGACAACGCCGGCAGUGCGUUUGGAAUACGCAAUGGCAUUGAAAGUGGAUCAUUGGAGCAGAAGCGAUUUGUUGGAGUGGCUGGUUUCACAUGA